AGUUGAUCUUAGGUCAAAUGUGCUGGACAAAUACUGUGUUUGGAGCUCCUGUUUCAUUUGUACUCCACACAAAGUAAAUAUUCACUUCAUCAAGCUCAAAGUACACUCACAUACACACACAACUCGUGAAGGAGGUCCAGACUUACUCAUCAUGAGGGUCGUUACAUCAGACAGCGGCUCUGUCUCCGUGGGGAACCAAUAUACAGAUGACCUGGAGAAUCCAGACACCAGUGAUGAUGCUGAGUUCUGGAGGAAAGAAUCGUCUGUGCCCAGGUUUGUCGCAGCGCCCUCUAUCGGUCGUUGGCGGUUGCGCGUGUACGUUGCCGUUGGUGUAACGGCUCUGACGCUGCUGCUGCUGAUCAUUACGCUAUCUGUGAGCCACGUGAAGUUUGACCGGAAGUUCUCAACUACGGACACAAAAAUGAAGAAUCUGACAGAAAUGCUUCUGAGCAUCAUUACCAGAACAAACUUUCUGGAAGAAUCCGGACAUAAAAUGCAUUUGGACAUCAACAAUCUGGAGUUUGACCAGGAGACGAUGCAAACAAGGAUGAAUGAUAUGUCUGAUUCAGAACAGGCUCUUCUUGACAAAGUUUCGGAGCUAAAAUGCCGGAUUGAAAAGUACAUAAAUAACAACACGCAGGAGCUGUGCUGUCCUGAGGGAUGGCUUCUGUUCUCCACACACUGUUAUUUCUUCUCUAAAGACGGGAUGCCGUGGGACACGGCCAGAGACGAGUGUGAGAAGAAGAGAGCGGCGUUACUCAUCCUAAACAGCAAACAGGAGAAGAACUGGGUGGUGAGUAACACCAGGCCUCUGUUCUACUGGUUGGGUCUGACUGACGGCCGCACCGGCGAGUGGGAAUGGCUGGACCAGACGCCGUACGUGUUUGCCAGGAGUGAAUGGAUGCCCGGUCAGCCUGAUAACUGGCAGAAUCAUGGUUUGGGUGGCGGUGAAGACUGCGCUCACUUUCACCAUGACGGCCGGUAUAACGACGACCACUGCUCUCGACACUACCGCUACGUCUGCAAAGCUCACGCGUCCUCCAUCUGACGACCGACAGCAAACACAGUUCAUCAAAACCAACACAUCAUGUUUCAUAUUUAAUGAUAUUAAAGGCUUCAAUUCUUUUAUUUACUGUAUAUCAGAACAGAAAGAGUUCAUUUAUGCUUAAUUUUUCAUUUAUGCUGGUUAGUUUUGGGGGCUUCAGUAAAAAUUUCGAAAAAAUUUGUUCUGAAUAAAAGCAUCUGCUGAACAAAUAAAAGAAA